UUCGGCACGAGACAAAAGGAGAUCACUGACUGGAAUCAGGUCACGGUCAGGGAGUCAGGGUGAUCGAGAAGGAUGGCAAUGGCCAGCAGCGCUCCAGCUUGUGCGGCGUCGGAGCUUGUUGCUAAGGGCAGGGAAUCGGCUGCUGUUCUGCAGGCCCUGCUCGCCGGCCAGCAGCCGGCGGUUGGCGCAGUCGUCGAAACGCCCCACGGCCUCCAGGAACUCACAGAACAGAUCCUCCGCUGCUGCGACCGCGCGCUCGCCGCGCUGCGCAGUGGCACGGCGGAGGGCGCCGCUGCCAGCGGCGGUACCAGGAAGCGCAAGCCGGAGCGCGGUUACGGCCCGGCUGCUCCUCCUGCGACGAGCUCCAAAAGGACGAGACGGACAAUAGAGGACGGCUUCAUCUGGAGGAAGUAUGGCCAGAAGGAAAUCCACGGCAGCAAGUACCCGAGGCUCUACUUCCGCUGCACCUACAAGGACGACCACGGCUGCACGGCCAGGCGGCAGGUGCAGAGGUCGGAUGCCGACCCCUCCGUCUUCCUCAUCACCUACUUGGGUGACCACACCUGCUGCCGUGGCGACGACGAGCCUCUGGCGCCGUUCGUCAUCAUCAACUUCGGUUCCAGCAGUAGCGACGGGCUGCCUAGCCGCAGUUCGCCGUGGCCUUCUUGUGACGACGACGGUCCGGGUCCGGUGGUCUGUAAGUCACCGGAUUUGUGCAAUUCGCCGGAAGAGGAGCUGCGAUCAGGCAUGGACAACGAGUCGUCGUCCGAGUUCAUCGACCAGUCAACACCGGUGCCGGAGCCGACGAGUAUGAGCCCGAUGGAUGGGUGCUUGUUGGAUUGGACGCUUUGCGAUGAGGAGAGCUCCUUUGACAUUGGCGAAUUCGUGGGACAGGACUACUUUGAUUACUUUGGGCUGCUUUAAUAGAUAUAUGCAUGAUCAGUGUACAGACAGGAGGUAUUGGUCAGGCCAAACGGAGUAGCUUAAUUUUGAUUGAGAAAUGUGUUAGUAUAUGUAGUGAAUCCUUGUUUUGCCAGCUAGCUGCUGUCAUCAUGCUUUUUAAAUUUAUGAGGCAAAUUAUGACGUGGAAUGUAAUAAAAUGGUGCGCGUCUGCGUGAUUUGCUUAUCUA